ACUCACCCACGGAUUCCGGCGCCUGCGCGCUCGUGCAGGCCUGUGGUUGCGGAGACUUGGUUCUGGGCUCGCCCUUGCGCACCCGCUCUCCCCCUUCUCCCAGUCCCUUCCCACCUCCGCCCACUUGACGCGAUGACGCACGGCAGGUUUGCGGACGUGGCGGCGGCGCACGGAACGAAAGGCGGAGACGUUGGCGGCGGCAGCGGCAACGGUGGACCCGGGCAGCCGAAAACAGAACCUCGGCCAUGAACUGUGCCGGGAGGGCAGUGGUGGCGGACCUGGUAGCGGUCUCUUCGUUGAGUCCCCCGUCCUAACGGGACAGAUUUUGACAUUAUGGCAGGGAGGCAUCAGAAUCGUAGUUAUCCUCUUCCAGGAGUUCAUUCAAGUGGUCAAGUACAUGCAUUUGGAAAUUGUACAGACAGUGAUAUAUUGGAGGAGGAUGCUGAAGUGUAUGAGCUUCGAUCCAGAGGAAAAGAAAAAAUCCGAAGAAGUACAUCAAGAGAUAGACUUGAUGACAUAAUAGUGUUAACAAAAGAUAUACAGGAAGGAGACACUUUAAAUGCAAUAGCACUUCAGUACUGUUGUACGGUAGCAGAUAUCAAGAGAGUUAACAAUCUCAUCAGUGAUCAAGACUUUUUUGCCCUUAGGUCUAUUAAAAUUCCAGUAAAAAAGUUUAGUUCAUUGACUGAAACACUUUAUCCUCCAAAAGGGAGACAGGCUUCACGUCCUUCAUCUGUUCAUUACCUUCCAGAACAACAGGAACUUCAGUCUGCUAAUGAUUCUCUUUCUUCCAGUGAGUCAGCUGGUAGCUUUUUAAAAGAAGUAGAUCGAGAUAUAGAACAAAUAGUAAAAUGCACAGACACCAAACGAGAGAACCUUAAUGAGGUGGUGUCUGCCUUAACAACGCAACAAGUACGUUUUGAACCUGAUAACAAAAACAUUCAACGUAAGGAUCCUUACUAUGGAGCAGACUGGGGAAUAGGGUGGUGGACAGCUGUAGCGAUAAUGUUGAUAGUAGGUAUAAUAACGCCAGUAUUUUAUUUACUAUAUUAUGAAAUUUUAGCCAAGGUGGAUGUUAGUCACCAUUCCACAGUGGAUUCUUCACAUUUGCAUUCAGGAGUCACACCCCCAUCGCAGCAGAGAGAAAUGGAAAAUGGAAUUGCUCCAACGAAAGGAAUACCCUUUGGUCCACAAGAUGACCCUAAGCUGUAUAGUCAAGAUGCUCAGUUACCUGCUGCUCAACACAAAACAUAGCAGUUAGCUCACAAUUACAGUGUUAGCAAUCACAUGUGCAUCUGGACUGUGGUCAAUCAGUUAUAUUCAAUAACCACUUCAAAGGCAGAAGUUAGGGAGAUUGAAGAUGCUUUGUUUUUCACCUUUUUUCUGUUUUUUUGGAGCUGUUUAAAUUGGAUUGAACAUAAAACCCUACUGUUGCUACUUGUUGAUACUGAAAGUAGUAAGUCUGUGUAUCUGUUGUGUUGAUACUUAAAGCAGAGAUGAAUUUUUGUGUCUAGGAAAUUCUUGGAAAAUGCAUCAUUUUUCUUCAGGGCUGGUUAAAUUUUUAAGUAAUUAUUUUUGGUUUGAGGUUAUUAAUAUUAAAUUCAUUAAGCAGAAUAAUGAUAGCAUCAGAUUCUGCAACUGAAGAAAAUUUGUUUAUUGUGAAGCAUCAAAAUAGUUACAAAAGAGUUGUUUGAUUCUAAAAUUAUUUAUGAUAGUUACUUAAUAUGCCAUUUUGAAACUUUUAAAAAACACUUCUAGUAUAUAUGGAAUGAAAACAUAGUAGAACAGAAAUGGGAAAGAAAAGAAAUGUAUAAUUCUGUAAAAGAGGCUGAGAUAUUAUUGUUAAGCCCCCAAAAUAAUGAUAGUGUUGGGAAGUUGCCGUUUGGUCACUGAAACACUGGAUUAUAUCAGGACUUAAGAGUAGUCUUUGUCUCUUAAAGAAUGCUGCCUCUGCUUCUGUUUUUAAGGUGAUUAUAUUUGCCUCUGAUAUUUAAAGCACUUUUGUUGUUUUUGAUGAAAAGUGUUGUACAGAUUAUCAUUAUUUAGGAAGUAUCUCGUUAUAUACUGUGGUAAGUUGUUGCUGUGUUAAUGUUACAUGUAGUAACAUGCCUUAAUUACAUUUAAUGCCUUAUAUUAUUAUUCUGUGUAAGCUAAUAUAAAUUUUAGAAUUAAAACUAAGCAUUAUUUCAGAUGGUCCAGUAGGAGUCAUAACAUAAGGUAUAUAAAUUUGUCUCCACCUUCACUAUCAAACACAAGUUAAUGGGAUCAAAACAGAUUUUCACUGUCUGCCUCUGAGGUCUGUUGCAAAAAAGCAAGGGAAAAGAAACCUUUUGCCUUAGCAGUAACAGACAAAUUGUUUUAUUUAUUGAUCCCUUUCACAGAGAAAAUGUUCAACUUAGGCCUUUUUUUCCCCUUAACUAAGAGCAUCAAAUUGGGGAACAGAAGCAAAAGGUGUAUGGAUUGGUUGAAAGGGCUUAAUGGUGCCUCUUUUUAAGAUCUACUGUGAAUCAGAAUCUGGCUAAAUAAGCUUUUGCAUACUGAUUCCGUCAUUUGAUUUUUUAAAAAGUAUGUGUUUUUAAAAUGUCAUCAAACUGAUUCAGUAUAAGCAAGAUUUGGUCGAGUCUGGAUUGCUUGUUUUGUCUAUAAUAAAGUAUAUACCUUAAGGUAUGUAAUACCACCUCAUUUUCUGGGCAUUAUUUUCUAAUUAUUAAUGUUUCAGCUUUUUGACCAGUCGUUCUAUAUUUCAGACUUCAAUCUUAAUACAAAGUGGGGUGAAAAAAUUAUUUGCUUAAUGAGGCUUAAUUUACUUUCAGGAAAAAAUUAUCAUAGAACAAAUAAGUCAAGCAUUAAAGCCCUUGAAUAUAUUAGAGGGCCUCAGUUAACCAAAAAGUAUUAAUAUGGAAGUUGUAGCAAAUGGAUUUGAGUAACUCUUUUAGUUUAAGACUUAAAAAUUGUUUUAACAUGCCUUGGGCAUCUUGAGAGAAGUAUGAUCUUCCUAAUUUAUGCUCAGUGUUAACUUGGUCAGUUUACAUUUUGUUUAGCCUGCUGAAAAUCAAGUUUUGGGGAUGAAAAUAUGGAUUGUUUUAGUGUUGAAUGGCUAUAGGUGUCCUUAGAAAAACUUUGUUUACAUCAGACUGAUGAAAUAGAGUCAGCCAUUCCUUUUUGCUAGUGGUACUUUGAAAUUGAUAAAGAGGUCUGAUUUCCAAAAUAAGUAACUUUUCAAAUAAUGAUGUGUACUAUAUACUUGUUGAUUAAAAAACAUUUCUGUCUUGCAGAGUGUCCUAUUCCUUGAAGGAAUAACAUAUCCUUAUGAUACAAUCAGGCAUUUUCUUUGUCCAUACAUUUGAAUUAUACAUUUUUAUCUUAAUCAAAUAUAAUUUGAAUUAUAUGUAAUUCAAUAUACAUUCUACAUAUAGAAUUCUAUAUGUUAUAAUAUAGAAUUCUAAUUCUUAAGUGUCAUUUAUAAAAGAAAAAAAAUUUCCAAAGCAUGUAAUGGUAUAGAAUAAUUUUAGCUUUUAAAAAGUACUAAGUAAUGUAUCAAAAUUUGUAGCAAAUGCAGAUUACUUUGUAAAACUUAAUAAAACAAAAAAGUUAUUUGAUACUGUAGCUUUUGUGUUGAAACCUCAAUUGAAUUUACUUUGAGGCUUUACAUUAAAAGAUACACACAUAUGCUGAUAUAAAAGUAACAAGUUGUGAAUCUUUGUAUUUAAUUCACUUAAAAAGUUGCAAGUGAAGACAAAUCUGCUUUUUAAAAAGGACAGAUUCUUUUUUCUUCAAGUCUGGGUAAAAUGGUUAAGGUGGUUUCAAACUAACGGGUGCUAUUUAAAUUAAAUAAUUUUUGCCAUCCUACUCCUAGAAAAUUGACGAGAUUUAUGUCGAGAUAAAUUAAAAUCAAUUUAUAAAGUCUGCUGGCCAUAUUAAGAAUUCGAAGACUCGGAGUUUCUAUUGUGGCCCAUCAGGUUAGGAACCCGAUGUAAAGUCUGUGGAAAUGAUUUAAAUUCCUAGCCUGAGAACUUCCAUAUGCAGCAGGUGCAGCUCUAAAAAGAAAAAAAAGAGAAGACUGUAGUGCUAAGUCAACUUCUGCAGAGGACUUUUUUUUUUUAAAGCUUAUCUUUUUCUGGACUCUACUUGUUGAGUGGCCCGAAACGUUCUUUAAAUGAACCACUAUUUAAUUAUUAGUUCUUUUUAAAGAUGUCUACUUCUAAAGUUACCUACUUGGAAAUAUGAAGGAUAUAGUUAAGAGUUUAAGAAAUACCGUGAAGCAAAAAUCCAUUUAGCGUGUUACAGGGUAAAGGUGGAGGUAUUUACAAGUCUGUAUUACAGGUCUGUAUUUAAAUGGUACAUUAUGAUGGGAAUCAUUCUUAUUUUGAAUUACAACAGUGUUGCUCAGGAAAUCAGUAUUUUUCUUCCAAGUAUGUGCAUAUUGCACCAUUAGAUCAUAGAAAUCUGAAUGCUUUAUUUAAUUCUUUUUAUGUAUGCAAAUUAUAUAAAUUUUUGUAUAAUGUGUUUUAUACAAAUGCAACAUGGAAUUGUAGAACAUUAUGUUGGCAUGUACGUCUGUAAAACUGGUUUUUAAAACUUUUCCCCUUAUUUUUCAUAUUUUAAAAGAUCUUCAAAUUGUAAUAAAGUUUCUAUUUUAUUAUUCAAUCUAAAAUGGAAGCUGGUUAAUUUAAUUGAAUAAAGCAAACCUUUACUUUUAGAACUAUUUGACAUAGAGAUACUAUGUAGGAUAGACUGAAUUGCCAAAGACUGACCAAUUCAGAUUUCCCCCUUUUUAUACUGAAACAAAAUCAACUAGAUUAUUCAUAGUAUGUAAGUGAAAGGAAAUGAAAACAAAUUUCAGAUUAAUGUUCUUUGGGGGCAGAAUUUUCAUUCUCAGUGAAGAAGUUCUCAUGAGGUAUGGUCCACACCUUCUUAGCAAGUUGUGCAUCAGUCAUAUAACAGUAUGCUCUAUUUCUAUGUAAAUUCUAUUAUGAAACAACCCUUUUCAAAGUAUUAUUUUUAUAAAAUGCCAGUAGCAGGAGUUCCUGUGGUGGUGCAGUGGAAAUAAACCCAACUAACAUCCAUGAGGAUGAAGGCUUGCUUGAUCCUUGGCCUCGCUCAGCUGGUUAAGGAUCUGGUGUUGCUUGACCUGUGGUGUAGGUCACAGACACAGCUGGAUCCCAAGUUGCUGUGGCUGUGGUGUAGACCGGCAGCUACAGCUUAGAUUUGACCCCUACCCUGGAAACUUCUAUGUGCUGCAAGUGAGGCCAUACAAAAGAC